AAUUGUCGUAGCCUGUUCUGUUCAUAUACAUGUCAAUUGUUUGACAAUUUGUCACAGUGACCCCGCCUGUGUUGCCGGUUGAGGCUUGUGACAGAUAUUAAUAACUUGGUUUCCCUCUCCAAAAUUGACAUCUUUUCCUUGUGGGAGUGAAUACCUGAGCAUCGCUUCUGUAACUCCGUCUUCUUCUUCGUUAGAUUCUCUUGUAAUAAACUCACUUUACGCAUUUUUUCACACCCUUUACCUCGUUUUCCUCGCUACGCCUAUAUAAACCAGAUAAUGGCUGCUGAAGUAUAUCACCAGGCUAUUGGCACUUUGCAGUCCCAUUCUUAUCUUAAUAACUUUAAUCAUCACCAAAAGCUUAGGAACAAUUUAGUAAGAUUGGUGACAAAGGAUUUUAUUGGUAGUAACGACUUGUCGAGGAGUGGAAGUAACCACACUGGCCUGAGGAAUUGUAGUUUAAUUAGAUCUUCAGCUUCACAAACAUCAGUGGUUGAUCCAGUGUCGUCCCCUUCAAGAAGCAACGCAGGCGACACUCAAAAGAAAUCAAAUGAAGCAGCUUUGAUCCUUAUCCGGCAUGGAGAGUCGUUAUGGAAUGAAAAGAACCUAUUCACAGGUUGUGUUGAUGUCCCACUAAGCAAGAAGGGUAUAGAUGAGGCAAUUGAAGCUGGAAAAAGAAUCAGCAGCAUUCCUGUUGAUGUCAUAUUUACAUCUGCUUUGAUUCGUGCACAAAUGACUGCCAUGCUUGCUAUGACACAGCACCGUCGUAGGAAGGUGCCUAUCAUUAUGCACAAUGAGAGUGAACAAGCAAGGGCAUGGAGUCAAGUUUAUAGUGAAGAUACAAAAAAGCAGUCCAUUCCAGUCAUAGCAUCUUGGCAAUUAAAUGAAAGAAUGUAUGGGGAACUACAGGGUCUCAAUAAGCAAGAAACAGCAGACAGAUAUGGGAAAGAACAAGUCCAUGAGUGGCGCCGAAGUUACGACAUACCUCCUCCAAAUGGUGAAAGUUUGGAAAUGUGUGCUCAAAGAGCGGUUGCCUAUUUCAGAGACCAAAUUGAGCCUCAACUUUUAUCUGGAAAGAAUGUUAUGAUUGCAGCCCAUGGGAAUUCAUUGAGAUCCAUUAUCAUGUAUCUCGACAAAUUAACUUCUCAAGAGGUCAUUAGUUUAGAACUGUCAACUGGAAUUCCAUUGCUUUACAUUUUCAAAGAGGGGAGAUUCAUUAGGAGAGGGAGUCCUGUAGGACCGACUGAAGCUGGAGUUUAUGCCUAUACUAGGCGUUUGGCUCUUUACAAGCAGAAGUUGGAUGAGAUGUUCCAGUAAUAUGUUUUUUUUAGGAAAUAUAUUCACUGUUAAUCAAGCGUCACAGUUGAAUAACAAACAAAGGGGGGAGAUGUUCUUAGUGUUACCCUUAGGUACCAUGAAUAUUUGAACUUGUCCUAAAGCUAGGUUGUUUUGCAUGUUUUAGUACAGUUUUGAACCAGUACGUUGGGAGACUAGCUCCCAUUUUUAGGUAUAUUUAUCUCAUGUGGUGAUCGAGAGAUUGUUACCAUAAACCCGUUGUUGAUGGAUCUUAUAAAUGUGGAAAUCCUGUAAUACUUUCAGUUCAGGUCAAUUAUUAUAAUUGUAAAUGAGUCCUAGUGUGAAUUUUACUGGAUAUUGUAGAAAGUUACUACUUAUCCUCGAGUACU